GCAAUUAACUUUUCCUCUGUUUACAAGGUAAGAGGGAAUGGCGGAGAAAACAUCUGAGUUCAAAAUCGUAAUUGUCGGAGGAUCUGGAGUUGGAAAGAGUUCUGUUAUUAAUAGUUUUUGCGGCAAUAUCGUGGAAGAGGACUUAGAAGCCGAUGACCAAGUGCAAGUGGUUGCAGAUCAGCAAGUUGUAAUAAAGAGGAUGGAGGUGCAGGGCAAGGACAUUUGUCUGAAAAUAGUUGAUACAGCAGGAUCUGUGCUGGAAAACCAGAAAUCUACAAAGGCGCUCUAUAAAGGGGCCCAGGGUAUCAUGGUCAUAUAUGACGUCACCCACAAACAUUCAUUUGAUGAUGUUCCAAAGUUGCUGCAGGACAUAGAUGAGCAUCGUGAGGGUGCUCCUGUGGUGUUUGUCAUUGGAAACAAGUGUGACUUGGAGGACAGAAGAGUAAUCUCCAUAGAAACUCUGGAGGGGUUUGCCACAGACCAUGGUGUUUACUUUUUAGAAGUCAGUGGCAAUACCGGUGUGAAAGUCAAAAAAGCUUUCGAUCUGAUGACGGAGGAAAUUCUUCUCGCCGAGAACCAAGAUCAAGCUGCAGCUCACGCUAACCACUGCAAUUUUCUUUGAGAUAUCUACCAAAAGACGCUGUAUUGUAGUUUUAAUCUCAACACUUUUCACAUUUUAAUUUCAAUUUCGUUCACAAUUCCUUUUCAAGUUUCUUGAACGCAACCAUACUUGUUCACAUUUUUUCAAGGGUGUGGCAAUCAUACCCGCCUGUCAAAGUAGUAGAGGUUAAAAAUCCUUCUAAAACGAUUCCAGAAAACAGAAACACUGAUUACAUCAAAGUCGACAAUUUGCAGCACAUGAACUUGAAUUUCUAAGCCUGUUAGAAUGAAGUUUUUUAUUUUUUCUUUGAGUACCUUGGAAAAUUGAAAAUUUCUAUGAGCACUCGCACCGUGGGUGAGAAAGGGUCAUUCUACCUGGUAUAAGCAAUGUAAUGUGGUGACAAUGUAAUGUGGUGCCAUUUCUCCUCUUCCUGUCAGAAGAGAAGAAGUGGUGUCCUUUGCCUGUAUACACUUUUUUAAAUUCUCUGAGUCUGUUUGAAUUCUGAUACGUUUUAUGAAAAACAUUUUGGUUGUAAUAGUUUAUGGAUUCCAUACUGAGGCAUUCGCUGAAAGAGACUUGACUGUACCUUUAAAGUCUGCAAUAAAGCGCUUAUUGGAAAUCUGUA